UUCAAAAAUGACUCCAAAUCGACUAAGUCUAUUGUAACAACCAUCUAAACCGAUAGUUUUUUUCAACUAGGAACUGAAAUUGAGCUCAUGAAACAAUGUGAAAGCCAUCACCCAAGACUCAAGACUAAAGGUGUACACAGACGGGACAGUCGGUGUCAUAUUAUAUGUCGAAGAACGAUCAUGGGCAUACUUCUGGUGACUGUGGUUAAGCGCUAUCUUAUUCAUGGUCUUCCUCCGGCAGACACCUUGGCACCGGACUUGUGCGACACCAAGGAGUGUCUCCGGUCGGCCGCAGCCUUCAAACAUAACAUGGAUCCCACCGUAGAUCCGUGCGAUGACUUCUACCGGUACGCUUGUGGCAAGUGGGCCGAAGAAAACCCGCGACCUCAUCAGGAAUUCUAUCACACUUGGUUUCAAGAGCGGCAGCAGAAAAUCUACGGGAUCAUACGGGAACGACUGAUUUCGAACAUCACCGCAGACGAUCCGGUACCGGUCAUCAAAGCCAAGGCGAUGUACAUGGGAUGUUUGAACUUAAAAAAUCAGGAACAGGAAAAUCUUCGGGCUGCGGAGAAGUCCUUGAGACAGUGGGGAUUGCCGUUUUUGCCAAGGUUGUUGAGAGGUACCUCGAACUCUACAGGAUACAAAUUCGAUUGGGUUAGCAGCAUCGCCAAAAUCAAACGAACGCUGGGACUGAACGUUAUCAUAGGAUUUAACAUCGUCGAAGAUCAAAUGAUCAAACGUUUAACGCUAGGUUAUCCAUACGAGGCCAAAAACUCCAUCUUUCCUUCCUAUGAAUCGUCAAAAAAACAGUCCAGUGCUAGACUUAACCAGCUGGAAUCAGAACCCGAACAAUCGAAUGAAAAUGAACGCAAUGCACCGGAAGAAGUUGAGGAGGAACUACCCCGAAUAAGGGAAAUUUUAGAGAUAUUGGAUCCCAACGGAAAAGUUUCAUGGAAUGAUGAGACCAUUAUGAGGCUCUCCAAAGCUUAUUUUAAUUUUGAAAAGAUUUUGAAUGAGGCACCAACAGAAGACGAUUACGGAGAAGAGAGAUCAACAGAAGAUGAUUAUGGCUGGGACUACACGAUAGAAGAGUUGCAAGAGCGGACAGAUUCCAACUUGACAACUUCGUUCCCAAUUUGGCAACGCUACAUAAACACCCUGUUCAAGAACCUCCCAACUGCCCGUCCAUCUGCAGAAGAUAAAUUCCAGAUCGAGAGUCGGAAUCUAGUUUACUUAAGAAACAUAGUGCCGAAGGUGUUGGAACAAUCUCCAGAGGUGAUAGAACUCUACGUUUGGGUUCAAGUCACCAGAUUUUUAAUCUACCAUGAGUUCAACAACUACAAACACUUGGAUGAGAACGGUUGUGCCAACCAUGUGCUACAUCUGAUGGGUUUGGCCGUUAGCUAUGCUAUAGCAGAACCAGACUUCCUGACGGAAACGAAACCCCGACUGCAUCAGAUGCUCGAAAACAUCGGUGCUUCCUUCCGCGAGAUGGUCCUGGAGACGGAUUGGAUGGACGCCGAAACGAAAUUUGCAUCCCUCGAAAAGUCCCGAGCAAUGCAGGCUAUAAUAGGUGUCCCGGAGUGGAUCCUGGACAGUGAAAAGCUGACGGAUCAUUACAAAACACUGAACAUCGACUCUGAACGGCACGUGCAGAAUUGGGUAAAUGCGAUCGAAUUUCUGAACAUCAAAUGGUUGGCAUCGUGGCGUGAAGAGGUCAACAAAAUCUGGAACCAGGACCCGACAGAAGUGAACGCGUAUUAUUUCUUUGAUCGAAACGCCAUCAACAUUCCCAUGGCAAUGAUACAGUACCCAUUCUACUACUUGGGAUUGGAAGCGCUGAACUACGGAGCGAUCGGACUAACUUUGGGUCAUGAAGUAACGCAUGGAUUUGAUAAUUCAGGUAUCGAGUACGACAAAACCGGGAACCAUGGCCAGUGGUGGUCUAAUGAUACCCUCAAGGAGUACAAAAAGAGAGCACAAUGUUUGGUGGAGCAAUACAACGGGUUUUACCUCCAAGAAGCCAAACAGUUUAUCGACGGAACUCUUACCUUGGGAGAAAAUAUUGCCGACAAUGCAGGCUUGAGGGAAGCGUUCCGUGCGUAUCGGCGAUUCCUCAAAGAAAACGGACCAGAGCCGUUGCUAACCGGAAUGGAAGAUUUCAGCCACGAACAGCUAUUUUUCCUGUCAUUUGCAAACCAAGAAUGCGGAACCGUGUGGACCAUCGGAGCGGAACAGCUACUAGAGGAUGAACACAGUCCAAGCGAGUUCCGGGUUACAGGGGUGCUUCGAAAUAUGGAGGAAUUUAGUGAAGCCUUCCAGUGUCCAAAGGGUAGUGCGAUGAAUCCGGAGCACAAAUGCCUUUUGUGGUAAAUACUUU